AUGCAGAAGACUUAUCUUUUGGCGCUACUGGUGAGCUCUCUCGCCAGUGUCAGGUCACUGGCUGAUCAGACUCGUCUUGAUCUUGGUGGCAGCUUUGAUAGCACCGACAGCGCCGACGGUGGCAGCGACAAUGUUAUGAUCCAAAAGUCAGAGAUGAAUGAAGUUAUCGCCAGUUCUGAGCUGCUAUCCCUGCAUCGCUCGCUCGUUGAGAUCAAGUCGAUCUCCGACAAUGAGCAAGCUGUGGGAGAGUUUCUCAUAGACUACUUGGAUUCCAAGAACUUUACAGUCGAGAUGCAAUACGUUGACUUUGACGACGAUACUGGGAAAACAAUUCGCUCACCCCGCCGUUUUAACAUAUUUGCUUACCCCGGAAACAAUGCUUCCCCCGGAAUCAUCCUGACAAGCCACAUCGACACUGUCCCACCAUUCAUCCCCUACUCUCUCAGCCACCCGGCAUCCACAUCUUUGAAGCGUGAUGAUAUUCUCAUAUCUGGCCGUGGAACUGUUGACGAUAAAGCCUCUGUAGCUUGCCAAGUCAUAGCUGCCAUGGACCAUCUGGAGAAACACCCAGACAUCCCAAUUGGCCUUCUUUUUGUCGUCAGUGAAGAAGUUGGUGGCAAAGGCAUGUCGACAUUCUCAAACUCCCGCCUCAACUCUGGAACCUAUCAUACCAUCAUCUUCGGUGAACCCACUGAAGGCGCCCUGGUGGCUGGCCAUAAGGGCAUGGUCUCUUUCACUCUCCGUGUUCACGGCAAGCCUGCUCACUCUGGAUACCCCUGGCUAGGCCGUAGUGCAGUGUCCGAGAUCAUACCCAUUCUAGCGGAGGUUGAUCGAUUGGGUGACAUCCCAGUGUCACAGGGGGGGCUACCUUCCAGCGAGAAGUAUGGCCGUACCACGUUAAACAUCGGCUUCAUGUCUGGUGGUGUUGCUUCAAACGUUGUCGCAGAGGAGGCUGUUGCGAAGGUCGCCGUACGCCUUGCAGCCGGUGACCCCGAGGAUGCAAAGGAUAUCAUUUUCCGUGCUAUUCGCAAUGUAGCUACAAAGAAUAGAAAUGAUGCCACUGUUGUUCUCUCCAACGGCCAUGAACGUCCAAAGGGAGAUAUCGAGAUCAUUUUCGGCUUAGAGGCAUAUGGUGUCAUCGAUCUAGAUUCAGAUGUCGAUGGUUUCAACGUCACCACUGUCAACUACGGAACAGACGUGCCUCACUGGAAAAUUUAUGGUGACAACGUAAAAAGAUAUCUCUAUGGACCCGGAACCAUUUUCGUUGCCCAUGGUAAGAACGAGGCUUUGACUGUUGGCGAGAUGGAGGCUGGGCUGGAGGGGUAUAAGAAACUAGUUGCCAAAGCCGUCGAGAGGGAGCGUCCAUAG